CUAGACCUAGUACAAACCAGAGACUAGAACGUUUCUCACUCUUAUCCAUCUCCCGCUCUGCUCUGCAUGUUUGCAGGUUGGGAACCGCCCGCUCUAUUUUACCAUCUCUUUGUUUCUUUUUUGUUAAGAGACCUCUCGACACUUGAGUUUUAAUGGCGAUGGCGUUCUCAUCUGCAGCCUCUGUACGGUCUCUUUAUCACCCUAAAUCCCUUCUCACCAUAAGAGAUUCUCAUCUUAGGGGACCCAAUUGGGCAAACUGCCAACCGACACGUGCAAACCUGCUUUCUUGGAGGUCAGCUGGAAAUUAUCUAAGACUUCAAAAUGGCAGUACUAUUGUAGCGAAAGAGUUCAUACAAAAGAGAAUAGGGAUUGUGAAGUGUGCAACCCUUGAUGAAAUUGAAGCAGAGAAGUCAUUGAUAGAGAAAGAUGUUAAAGAAAGGAUGGAAAAGACUAUUGAAACAGUCCGAGCAAAUUUCAAUGCAGUUAGGACCGGAAGAGCAAACCCAGCUAUGCUGGAUCGUGUUGAGGUUGAGUACUAUGGAAGUCCAGUAAGUUUGAAGAGUAUCGCACAGAUUAGUACCCCUGAUGCAAGCUCAAUCUUGGUUCAACCAUAUGACAAGUCCAGCUUAAAAUCUAUUGAGAAGGCAAUAGUCAGUUCUGAUCUUGGUUUGACACCAAAUAAUGAUGGAGAAAAAAUUCGGAUGACGAUUCCACAAUUGACAUCUGAAAGAAGGAAGGAAUUAUCAAAAGUAGUUGCCAAACAGGCUGAGGAAGGGAAGGUUGCAUUAAGGAAUAUAAGAAGGGAUGCCAUAAAAGCAUAUGAUAAACUUGAAAAGGAGAAAAAGCUCUCUGAAGACAAUGUUAAAGACUUGUCUAGUGAUUUGCAGAAACUGACUGAUGAGUAUUUGAAGAAGUUAGAUUCUAUCUACAAACAAAAAGAGAAGGAAUUGCUGAAGGUGUAACUAAAUCUCAUGGGUAGCUUCCCUUCUGUUUGUAAAUUGGUCAAGUCUCUCUUGCACGACAGAUUGAGUCUCUCUGGGAGAUCUGGAGACUCGAAUGAAUGGUCAUCUUAUUAGAUUCUGUAAGAAAAGUUGAUGAGCGUUUUUCUUUUGCCCCUCCCCCGCCCCCCCCUUUUUUUUUUUUUUUACUCGUUUGUUGUAUUGGGAGAAAUAUAUAGAAACAGAAAUGAAUUAUUUUGAGUGAGCUCAACCUCUGGCUUAGGAUGGUUUUCAUCCUCGGCUCCUUGAACAAUCUAAUGUAUGCUGCUAUCUGGUUCGCAUAAGUUAUAGUUAAGUUUUGGAAUGCAA